AUGAAGACGCUGCUGGUAUUCCUGCUGUCUCUCACCUUGCUGGCGUUCUUCUCAGAGUCCUCCCCAAUUCUGAAGGAGAAGCAGGCCAAACAGCUCCUGAGAUCCCGGCGACAGGACAGGACAAGCAAACCUGGAUUCCCUGACGAGCCGAUGCGGGAGUAUAUGCACCAUCUGCUGACCCUGGAGCACCGUGCGGAGGAGCAGUUCCUGGAGCACUGGCUGAACCCUCACUGCAAACCCCACUGUGACAGGAAUGUAGUCCAUCCUGUGUAAGGGGCUCCGAAUCAGCCUUGGAAGCAUUCUGAUAGGCAAUGACCUGGAUAAUGUUGAAACAGGACAAGUCUCCUUUUAUCACUUGCUUUUAAACUGCGGAAAUGGAC